GAUGUCUUACUCUCAGCGAAUUCCAGUUCUACAAAACCCUCUAUCAAGUGUAACCCUAGCCUCUCACUACAAUACACACCACACACUUUUGAAACCCUAAUCUCGGAUCUUCAUGGCGGACGAAGAGGUUGUGGUCACCGCGAGCUCUGCGCCGUCCGAUCACAAGAGGAAGCUCGUAGAUUUGGAACCCCAAGAAGAACCCAAGAUGGUUGAUGACUUGAACUCGAACCCGAAAUCGAACUCGGAAUCGGACUCGGUCAAGAAAGCUGAUGGAGAUGAAGAGGAAGAGGAAGAGGAGGAGGAGGAGGAGGAGGAGGAGGAGACUGUUACUGAUGGUCCUCCGGAGGCAAAGCGGCCUCGUUCGGAUAGUCUAGCUACUGAGAAUGGAUACCAAAUGGAGAAGUUGGAUGAGCCUAGUAAAGAGGAUAAUCAGCAGUCGACUGUGGAGGAUAAUAACCAGUUGGAGGAUGAUGAACCAGUGGCCAAUGAAGCUCCAGAGACAGGGAAAAAUGAACAAGCUUCGACUGAAGAUAACCAGACUGAGGAAACUCAGCAGCACACUGUUGAGAAUCCUCCGUUAGAAAAUGCUGAGCAAGAACCUUCUGGAGAGAAGCUUCACGAACCUGGUGCCGAAGUUACCAAACAAGUGGAUGCUUCUGCAGAUCAGCAACCCGAAUCUGAAACACAAUCUAUGUCACGUAAAAUGGAGGUCCCGAAUAAUAAGGUUGGGGUUCUCAUUGGAAAGGCUGGGGAUACUAUUCGGCUUCUGCAACACAAUUCUGGUGCAAAGAUUCAGAUCAUGAGGGAUGCUGAUGCUGACCCGGGUUCUGCUACCAGGCCUGUUGAACUUAUAGGAACUUUGGAUAGUAUAAGCAAGGCUGAAAAACUGAUAAUGGAAGUUAUAGCUGAGGCCGAUGCUGGGGGUUCCCCUUCCCUUGUGGCUAGGGGCUUCAGUACAUCACAGUCUGCUGGACCUGCAGAACAACUUCAAAUACAAGUCCCAAAUGAAAAGGUUGGUUUAAUUAUAGGCAAAGGUGGGGAGACUAUUAAAAACCUGCAGACAAGAUCAGGGGCGCGCAUUCAGGUAUUAAUACCACAACAUCUUCCUGAGGGAGACCAUUCUAAAGAAAGGACAGUACGAGUUACUGGUGAUAAGAAGCAGAUUGAGAUAGCUAGAGAAAUGAUAAAGGAUGUUAUGAAUCAGCCUGUAAGGCCGUCGCCUCUCUCUAGUGGUUAUAAUCAGCAGGGCUUUCGUCCACGUGGACCUCCUGCUCCAUCUCAAUGGGGAAUUCGUGGUCCUCAUCCUUCUCAGCCAACAGGAUAUGAUUAUCAGCAACGUGGACCAUAUUCUUCACAGAAUCCACAGUAUCCACCAACAUAUGGUAACUAUCCUCCACAACAACAGGCUCCAAGAAGCAGCUUCGCUCCUGGCUGGGAGCAAAGGCCUCCAGCAACCAUGCAGGGGCCUCCGCAGAGUGGUGGUUAUGAUUACUAUGGUGGACAAGGAGGCCAUAUGACCGAUGCACCAUCAUCUGCGCCACUGUCUAAUCCUGCUCAUGCUCAUGCUUCUGGCCCUUCCCUUGCCCCUGCCAUGGGCGCAGUCCCUGCCCAAGCAACUUACAAUUAUGGACAACAGCAUGGUCCAAAUUACGGUCAGCCAGCCCCUUAUUCCCAAGCUGCUCCUCCACAGAGCUAUGGACAUGGAUACAGUGAAGCAAAGUAUGAAAACCAGGCCCCCACACAGCAUCUCUAUGGUGGACAUGGAGUUCCACAGCCGGGGACAUACUCACAAGGUGGUACCCAUCCAGGCUAUGGUCAGCAGGAGCAGUAUGGUAAGCCACCAUCCUAUGGCAUGCCCGCACAGGGGCCAACUUCACAAACUUAUGGUCAACCUAGGCCUAAUCAACCAGGAGAUAUGCCUUAUCAAGGUACUAUUUCAUCAACACAAUCAUAUGGACAGAUUGUGCCAUCUCAACAGCCUUAUCCUUACGCAUCAAGUGGACCAAUGCAACAAAGUUAUCCUCCAUAUGGUUCUGCACCUGCUACUGAUGGGUACAAUCAGCCAACAUCUGCUGCAGCAUCUGUUGCUGGUUAUCCCCAGCAAGGCAGCCAGACUGGAUAUGGUCAGCCUGGUGCACAGCAAGCUCCCGGUUAUGCUCAAGUGGGACCAACUGGAGGUUACAGUCAAUACCCAUCUUCGCAAACAGGUUACAAUGAACAAGCUGCUCAAAAUAAUGCUGGUUAUGGAUACCAAGGGCCAACAGAUCCAGCUUAUGGGUCUGGUGCAGUUUAUGGUGCACCACCUUCUGGGCAGCAAGGCUAUGCUCAACCAGCUCCAACUCAGCCAGGCUAUGAUCAAUCGGUUCCACAAUCAGGUGGUCAUGGAAGUGUGCCAGGGAGUAUGCCUGUUGCUUACGGCAAAAGUUUGUCACCGCAGCCUGGUUAUCCUCCUCAGUAUGACACAACUCAGAUGUAUGGUGCACAUCGUUGAAAAUUUUGAUAUUGUUAUCUGAGAGUUUGACUCUAAAUAGUUGCCCUCUUCGUAGCUUGCUUCCUUAGUUUGUUUUUAUUUUUUCCUAUGGUUCAUUGGAACUUAUUGGAUAAAUUCUGAUUAUAUACAUUGUAUGUGAACUUGUUAUGAAUCACUAGUUGCUUUCCUCUUUUCUUGGUCA